UUUAAGUAGUUCUUUAAGCAAUGCUCUUUACUUUGUUAAUUAAUCAUCAUAUUGCAAUGUAGUAUGUGACUUGUAGCGAUCUCAUUAUUUUUAGAAUUUGGGCCAUUUGACAUAUCUUUGAUACAAUAAUCUCAACUUGUCACCACCCUUUACCUUAGUAUGUGAUUUGCUUGGCUCAAGUCUCCGGUCUCCUCCAAUAUUUGCGUUCUUCAACGAAAUCUGAGGAGCCAGAUCACGGCAUGGUGUAGCAGUGUUGAAGAAGAUGGCGAUCAAGAAGUUAGCAAGAAUUUUGAUGAAAUCUCGGGACCACGAUGUGUCUCUUCCCACUCGGGAUGAUCCAUCCUUUGAUGAUUCUCGUCCUAUCGAUUCCCAAGUUCAAGAGGAGAUGGUUCGUUCGUUGGAAAGGGCAAACGAUCAACAGAGUGUUCUAUGGAGGACUGUGUUUGCGGUUUUUCUUUUUGCUAUGCGGGUUUUCUUCUAUACUCAAUCCGUCAGCAGAUUUCUUCUCCAUGGGAAUUGCGUUAUCAUGCUUACUUCAUGGAGGAUGUUGAUUCAUGGAUGAUUAUAGCUGCAGAUUGGGUUGCUAUUUUAGCUUGUACAUUUUCAAUCAUUGGGAUUGUGAGCAAGUCAAGUCACCACCGGCGAUGGCUUUGGUGCUCAUUCUUUAUUGGCAUCCUACUCUCAGUUUUCUGGUUUUAUUUCAUGAUGAGUUUGCCUAAGUUUCGAUGGGAUGUUAUCUGGCUUCCUUUGGGUCCUCUCAGUGGGGCUGGAAUCUGUUUGUAUGUAGAUCAUUUGCUAGCCGAAUCCUCUGAGGAAAUACGAAAGCUUAGAGGCUAUAUGUAUUCUUAUAAAGCUAACUGAAAACUGAAUGAAGGAACCUAUUAUAAUUUUGUAUUUUAUCUUUUGAUCUUUCUUACUACUUAGUGUAACGUUAAAAGUCCCAUGAAGUAGAAUCUGAUUAGCCAGUUUUUCCUUUUUCCUCUUUCAUUUCACUUUUUGUUUAAAACUUGAUUGUUUUGGGUUUGACGAGACGUUAGAUCAAGAUGUUACCAUUUUUA